UGAUUGCAAUACACCUGCAACUGGAAAACCUGCACAGCUGCUCACCCAAUAAGGGCUGCAGGGUAGAGGAUCUUACGGCACUGAACCCAGCUGUCUGUUAAUGUAUUGAGGAGUUGAAACUGAGUUUCCUGAUCUGAUGUGAGAUACACAUUGAAUUGGCUCCUUUGUAUCUGCUUUUGCGGUAAUUUUCUUCAGGACGCAUUCCCUAACCAAACCAUACCGCAGUGCUCGCCGAUAAUUGCCUUUUAAAGCGCUCCUUGGACCGGAGACAUUUUGCUUGUACUUAUCUUAGGCUAUGUGCAUAAUUGAUUUUCUUAAUCAACGGUGAACGUACAUUCACAGUAAUUUCCUCAUUGGGAGAAAUGUGAGUGGUCCGUGAGUAAAAUUAACAACUGAGGCGAUUGACGUGAGUUUAAACAAAUCGCAUAUGAUUUUUAGCCAGUCAUUUUGGCACCAGGGCGCACGGUAAGGGAAAAUGUGAAACUGUAUCUAUCCCAUGCCUUGCUGGCGUCGACUGUCGAAGGAAAGGAUGCCCUGUCUCGUUUCUGCUGGAGAAAUAUGGAGAGAAAAAUUACACGUUUCUCGUGUAGCCUAGGCUAAGUGUGGGAUGCUUAACGGUUUCGCACACUGCCUCAGUGUGUGGAUAUCGUGGGCGACGGUGGCACAAGGAUAGGUAGGCUAUGAUUUCCCAUAGAUUUUUUAGAUUCUGCAGCCUUGACUGAAUAAAUAAAGAUAUUUCAGCAGGGAUUGAUGUAAGGGGCCGACUGGAUCCAAUAUCAUCACCACCUGUUACCAGAAAAUCAGCUCUUGUGGUCCUUUGAGUCUGGAUCUGAGUGGAACUGCUCCUGAGUCUGCCAUCAGACACCCUCCCUAACCACCAUAAGGAUUGGGACAGCACCUUGGCCACAACAACCUGGCCAUAACAACAGCCCAUACACCAGGCCGGCCAGUGGCCAGAGUGGUCCAAAACCAAGCCCACCGUAGGCCAGGCUCCACCACCAGCUUCAGGUGAGAGCCUGCAUCCCCCCACGGCCAUGCCCAGGGAAGCUCCUCUGCCACAGGUAGAAUCAGUGCUCACCUGCCUGAUUCAUGGCUAGACCUCUACAGACAAAGAGCCGGGGGCCUUUCUACUGAGGGCAGAUUCCCUCACUGUGCCGUAGCACAUGGAUUUCAAGACUUCAAAUGAAGAGACGAAGACUGGGGUUUAUCUGCUGCAAGAUGGUAAUGAGGAGCCUUUCAAUAUUCGACUGCACUUGGCUAAAGACAUUCUGACAAUUCAAGAGCAAGAUGUCAUCUGCGUGUCAGGAGAACCAUUUUAUUCGAGUGAGAGAACUGUAACAAUCAGAAGACAGACGAUUGGAGGUUUUGGCUUGAGCAUCAAGGGAGGCGCAGAACACAAAAUCCCUGUUGUGAUAUCAAAAAUAUCAAAAGAGCAAAAAGCUGAACUGUCUGGGUUGCUGUUUAUCGGAGAUGGAAUCCUCCAGAUAAAUGGAAUAAAUGUUCGAAGCUAUCGCCACGAGGAAGUGGUGCAGGUUUUGCGAAAUGCCGGAGAGGAUGUCACUCUGACUGUUUCUUUCUUGAAGAAGACACCAGCUUUUCUGAAACUGCCACUCUGUGAAGACUGCACAUGUGUUCCAAGUGAUCAGAGCAGUGGAACGUCCUCCCCUCUAUGCGACAGUGGCUUACACUUGAACUACCAUCCUAACAACACGGACACACUGUCCUGCUCAUCUUGGCCCACGUCCCCUGGGCUCCGAUGGGAGAAGAGAUGGGUGGACCUGCGCCUUAUUCCUCUCCUCCACUCUCGUCUGUCACAGCACGUCCCCGGCUCUGACGUCUGCAGGAAAAAUGCAUUUCACGUCAUAGCUGUGGAUGGGGUCUGCAGUGGGGUUAUCACGUGCCCUGCUGCUGAAGACUGCCUAGAUUGGCUCCAAGCAAUCGCAACUAACAUAUCAGCUCUCACCAAGCACAAUGUGAAGAAGAUAAACAGAAACUUCCCAGUUAAUCAACAGAUUAUCUACAUGGGCUGGGUAGAUGAGAAGGAGCAGGACUCCGUUCAGGACCGAAUGUAUUCAUCACAGUUCCUUGCCUUGAGGGGUUCCUCACUCUUCAAGUUCUCAGCACCUCCUGUGACUACAUGGGACUGGACGAGGGCGGAGAAAAGCUACACUGUGUACGAGAUCAUGUGUAAAGUUUUAAAGGACAGUGACCUCUUGGACAAGCGGAAGCACUGCUUCAGUGUCCAAACGGAGUGUGGGGAGGACAUGUUCUACAGCGUAGAGCUGGAGUGUGAGCUGCUCAUUUGGGAGAAGGCCUUUCAGAUGGCUACUUUCCUGGAGGUGGAGAGAAUACAGUGUAAAACAUACGCUUGCAUCAUGGAGAGCCACCUGAUGGGACUGACCGUAGACUUCAGUAUGGGCUUUGUCUGUUUCGAUGCUGCUUCAAAGGCAGUGCUAUGGAGAUACAAGUUUUCCCAACUGAAAGGGUCCUCUGAUGAUGGGAAGAGCAAGAUCAAAUUUCUGUUCCAAAAUCAGGACAAUAAAGCUAUUGAAGCCAAGGAGCUGGAAUUUUCAAACCUCUUUGCCGUGCUUCACUGUAUCCAUGCGUUCUUCGCUGCCAAAGUUGCUUGCCUGGAUCCAAUGUUUCUGGAGAGCCAAGGUGCUGCGACGACCACUGGGGGGGUUCCCACUCUUACCUGUAAUACACAGACAUCCAAAAUCAAAUACUCUACCUGACAGAGCCUGUUCACCCCCUCUCCUUCCCUUCCCCUGAGUACUCCCUCUCGACACUGCACUUUCACUACAUCAUGGACCAGAGAGAAGGAGACAAAACAAACGAGUAUGUUGUACUGUCAUCCAAUUAACAAAGACAAGUGAAUCCAACAUGUAAAUGGACUAUUAUUGGCAGACCUAUUUUUUUCUUGCAGAAAGACACAUUUUAUAUUUUAUCAGAGAAAGGGAUGGUAACUGUGUGAACUUUUGGACCUGUACAUUGCACUGUACUUCAAACAACUUUCUAAUAUGGAGGAGUGAACGCAGAACCAAUGAAUGGAGAAUGGAUGACAAAACAAUUCUGAAUUGAGUUUUUUGUCUUUGGGUAGAUCCUCAGACAUGAUUCACACGUGUUGUUCACACUGCUGAUAAACAUAACACAACUUUAUUUCCAUGGUGAAAAUGGAGACAAACUGUUUUCUACAAUAUUGUAUCAUUUUCUUGAAGGUUCAAGUGUAUUUUUUGAACAGGUACAUACACUGAGGACUAUGAACAAAUUGCUAUCUUCUUCCUGACAAAAGAAGAUUUCAAGACAAUUUGAAUUCUGAUGAUUAUUAUUUUAAGGACAGUCUAAGUUAAUAUUGCCAACAUUUAUCACUGGAAGUGUUAAUUAGUCAUACAGAAAUGUUAGUAUUUUUUUUCAUCAAUUAAACGGAUUGAUUUCCUAAUAAUUGUGAAUAAUUAUUAGAUUCAUGAAUAUUGAAAAGAUGGGAACGUAAACUGCAGUGUUACAUAGCUUAGUAUUUUUUCUUGUGUGGUUGUAUAAUGAAGUUGAAAGCACUUAGUUUUCUCCAAUCUGUGUUAUUUGAUUUAUCUGGAAACAUCCUUUAAUUCAACAAAUAAACGGUGAAAUAUGUGUUCAUUAUGGAUUAUACACACAUGUAUACACUAAUCAACCCUAUGGCACCUUUUAAUUCUGUGUUCUUGUCAUAUAGAUUAUUUUUGUUGCCCCUGAGGUAGUUCCGAUAUGCUAUAAAUAUAAAUCACAUCAUGUCAAAUGAUAUACAAUUUCCUUUCAACCAAAUAGAAAUGAAUGGGGAGUUGCAGAGAAGAAAGGGCUCAGGUUUUGGAUGUAAGCACAGCUUUUUUAUUGAUGUGGAGGAGAGGACAGGGAUGAGUGCUGCUAUGCUGAGUCUGUCAGGAAGAGGGGCAGUCGAGAGGUGUUUUUUAAUCAAGGUUUUCAGCGAAGAGUAAUCUCUCACACACCCAACCUGGUCAGGACUCGUUUUAAGGGCGGAUUCACAAUCAUUAAGUCAAUUGAAUCAUUGAGAAGGAUUCAGACUAAGUGCUAGCUACAGCCAACACAGUCAGACAGAUUCAGAACAUGUGGUUGUGUGAAAAUGUCUUUACCUAUACUCACUGGCAGAUAUUGCUCUAAAUACAACCUGCAACAAUUGAAUAAACCCUUUCGGGAAUGUUAUUUUUCUUUCUUUAUCUUUCCUUAAGAUGUAAAUAAAGGUUGACAUCCAAAUGAAUAAAAGGAAAAUAAGGAAUAUGUAUAAUAUUACUUGAGGAUUACUUGAAAGGAUUAAGACAUUUAUUAAUUGGAUGUCUUCAACAGAGACUAAAUAGUUGACACCCUUAUGCUCUCUUUACCAAGUUCAAUGAUGAUGACCCAUGGUGAAUUUUGAAUAUAUAUUUUCUAUAAUAUACUGAACAUGUAGUGUUGGUAACAUGUUUCAUGAGCUAAAAUAAAAGUUCCCAGAAAUCUUC